GCUCACCUGACGUUAAACAGCCAAGGGUCCCUACUAUACUCCGAAGGGGGGGCAGGCAGAGCAGCCAGUGAGGUGCAUCAGACAUCAAAAGGGAAAGAGGAGUUUGUGGCGACGUUCAAAGGCAACGAGUUCUUCUGCUACGACCUCUCGCACAACCCCAUCCAGAGCAGCACCGACGAGAUCACCCUGUCCUUCCGCACCCUGCAGCGCAACGGCCUGAUGCUGCACACCGGCAAGUCGGCGGACUACGUCAACCUGUCGCUGAAAAGCGGCGCCGUGUGGCUGGUCAUCAACCUGGGCUCGGGGGCCUUCGAGGCCCUGGUGGAGCCCGUCAACGGCAAGUUCAAUGACAACAACUGGCAUGACAUCCGCGUGACCAGGAACCUGCGCCAGGUGACCAUCUCUGUGGAUGGGAUCCUCACCACGACCGGCUACACCCAGGAGGACUACACCAUGCUGGGCUCGGACGACUUCUUCUACAUUGGGGGGAGCCCCAACACGGCGGAUUUGCCGGGCUCCCCCGUCAGCAACAAUUUCAUGGGAUGCCUCAAGGACGUGGUCUACAAGAACAACGACUUUAAGCUGGAGCUGUCGCGCCUGGCCAAAGAGGGUGACCCCAAGAUGAAGAUCAACGGAGACCUGGUCUUCCGCUGUGAGAACGUGGCGGCCCUUGACCCGGUCACUUUUGAGUCUCCCGAGGCCUACAUCUCGCUGCCCAAGUGGAACACCAAGAAGACGGGUUCCAUCUCGUUUGACUUCCGCACCACGGAGCCCAACGGGCUUCUGCUCUUCAGCCACGGCCGGCUGCAGCCCCCCAAGGAGGGGCGCUCUGAACGCCUGCACAAGGCGGACUACUUCGCCAUGGAGCUCCUGGAUGGCUACCUCUACCUGCUGCUGGACAUGGGCUCGGGCGGCAUCAAAAUGCGGGCCAGCAGCAAGAAGGUGAACGACGGAGAGUGGUGCCACGUGGACUUCCAGCGAGACGGGCGCAAGGGUUCCAUCUCCGUGAACAGCCGCAGCACCCCAUUCCUGGCCAGCGGGGAGAGCGAGAUCUUGGACCUGGACAGCGAGAUGUACCUGGGCGGGCUUCCCGAGAACCGCCUGGACCUCAUCCUGCCCCCCGAGGUGUGGACGGCCUUCCUCAACUACGGCUACGUGGGCUGCGUGAGGGACCUCUUCAUUGACGGCAAGAGCCGAGACGUGCGGCGUUUGGCCGAGGUGCAGAGCGUGGCCGGCGUCUCCAGCUUCUGCUCCCGGGAGACCCUCAAGCAGUGCGGCAGCUCCCCGUGCCGGAACGGCGGCCUUUGCCGGGAGGGGUGGAACCGCUUCAUCUGCGACUGCGUGGGCACCGGCUACCUGGGGCGGCUGUGCGAGAGAGAGGCCACCGUGUUGAGCUAUGACGGAAGCAUGUACAUGAAGAUCAUGCUGCCCACGGUCAUGCACACGGAGGCCGAAGACGUCUCCCUCCGCUUCAUGUCGCAGCGGGCCUACGGCUUCAUGAUGGCCACCACCUCCAAGGAGUCGGCUGACACCCUUCGCCUGGAGUUGGACGGCGGCCAGAUGAAGCUCACGGUCAACCUAGACUGUGUCAGGAUAGGCUGUAACCCCAGUAAAGGCCCAGAGACCCUUUUUGCCGGCCACAAACUCAAUGACAACGAAUGGCACACGGUCCGUGUGGUCCGCCGUGGCAAGAAUUUGCAGCUCUCUGUGGACAACGUCACGGUGGAAGCAGGGCAGAUGGCCGGCGCCCACACCCGCCUGGAGUUCCACAACAUCGAGACGGGCAUCAUGACGGAGCGGCGCUUCAUCUCGGUGGUGCCGUCCAACUUCAUCGGCCACCUCAGCAGCCUGGUCUUCAACGGGCUGCCCUACAUGGACCUGUGCAAGAACGGCGACAUCAGCUACUGCGAACUCAACGCCCGGUUCGGCCUGCGCAGCAUCAUCGCCGACCCGGUGACCUUCAAGAGCAAAGCCAGCUACCUGGCGCUGGCCACGCUCCAGGCCUACGCCUCCAUGCACCUCUUCUUCCAGUUCAAGACCACGGCCACCGACGGUCUCAUCCUCUUCAACAGCGGCAACGGGAAUGACUUCAUUGUGGUGGAGCUCGUCAAGGGGUACAUCCACUACGUUUUCGACCUGGGCAACGGGCCGUCGCUGAUGAAGGGGAACUCGGACAAGCCAGUCAACGACAACCAAUGGCACAACGUCAUUGUGUCCCGCGACACCAACAACGUCCACACGCUCAAGAUUGACUCCCGCACUGUCACACAGCACUCCAACGGUGCCCGGAACCUGGACCUCAAGGGGGAGCUGUACAUCGGAGGCCUAAGCAAAAACAUGUUCAGCAACCUGCCCAAAUUGGUGGCCUCGCGGGAUGGCUUCCAGGGCUGCUUGGCCUCUGUUGACCUCAACGGCCGACUCCCAGACCUCAUCGCUGACGCCCUGCACCGGAUCGGGCACGUCGAAAGGGGCUGUGAUGGUCCCAGCACCACCUGCACAGAGGACUCCUGCGCCAAUCAGGGCGUCUGCCUUCAGCAGUGGGACGGCUACACGUGCGAUUGCACCAUGACCUCGUACGGUGGCCCGGUGUGCAAUGACCCUGGCACCACGUACAUUUUCGGGAAGGGCGGCGCGCUGAUCACGUACACGUGGCCGCCAAACGACCGACCCAGCACGCGGGCCGACCGCCUGGCCGUGGGCUUCAGCACGCAUCAGAAGAACGCCAUUCUGGUGCGGGUGGACAGCGCCUCCGGGCUCGGUGACUACCUUCAGCUGCACAUAGACCAGGGGACGGUUGGGGUCAUUUUCAACGUGGGCACGGACGACAUCACCAUCGAAGAAAGCAACGCCAUGGUGAACGACGGCAAAUACCACGUGGUGCGCUUCACCCGGAGCGGGGGCAACGCAACGCUGCAGGUGGACAAUUGGCCGAUCAAUGAGCGAUACCCCGCAGGGAACACUGAUAAUGAGCGACUGGCGAUUGCUAGACAGAGAAUACCGUAUCGGCUCGGUCGAGUAGUAGAUGAGUGGCUACUCGACAAAGGUCGCCAGCUGACGAUUUUUAACAGCCAGGCCGCCAUCAAGAUUGGAGGCCGGGACCAAGGCCGCCCCUUCCAGGGUCAGAUCUCGGGGCUGUACUACAAUGGACUCAAGGUGCUGUCCCUGGCAGCCGAGAGCGACCCCAACGUCAAGGUGGAGGGCAACCUGCGGCUGGUGGGCGAGGUGCCGUCCGUCAUGACCACGGAGACCACGGCCACCACCCUGCUGGCGGACAUGUCCACCACCAUCAUGGAGACCACCACCACCAUGGCCACCACCACGACGCGGCGCGGCCGCUCUCCCACCAUGCGCGACAGCAUCACCCAGAACACAGAUGACCUCCUAGUGGCUUCGGCCGAGUGCCCAAGCGACGACGAAGACCUGGAGGAGUGCGAGCCGAGUACUGGAGGUGAAUUAGUAUUACCCAUAAUAACCGAAGACUCACUAGACACCCCGCCAAUUGCCACCCGCUCUCCUUUCAUUCCCCCGCCACCCACCUUCGGCCCCUUCUUAACGGUAGUCGAAACCACCAGAGACACCCUUUCCCUGCCUUCCCACCCGAGGCCGCCCUGCCUAGCCGACCAAGAUGACAGCGACUGCGAAGAGGGGAUCGAGGCCUCGGGCUACGCCUCGGGCGAAGUCUUCGACUCCAGCCUGCCCCCUACCGACGACGAAGAUUUUUACACCACUUUCCCCCUGGUCACGGAUAGGACCCUAAUUGGCCGGCCCGAAGGAGCGUCCAAAAAAGCCCAAGGAUACCGCCCCAACCUUAGGACAGGACUGCCGGCUUCGCCCUCUGUCCCCGACCUCUUGACCUCCACCACCUCUCCCAACCUGGUCCGUAACAUCCCCGCCGGCAAAAUGAACAACCGGGAACCCCUGAAGCCCCACCCCGACCAGUACCCCCCACUGUCCACCUCCUUUGAACCCGACAAGCUAAACAGGCUUAAAUACCCCGUUAUAACCUCUUCACCCAAUUCCCACAAUCUGCCCACAGCUAACCCCACCGGCCCCGGCGAGGGGAGGCCCCCAGGAGCCGUGGAGGUCAUCCGGGAGUCCAGCAGCACCACCGGCAUGGUGGUGGGCAUCGUGGCCGCCGCCGCCCUCUGCAUCCUCAUCCUCCUCUAUGCCAUGUACAAAUACCGGAACCGAGACGAAGGCUCCUACCAGGUGGACCAAAGCCGGAACUACAUCAGUAACUCGGCGCAAAGCAAUGGCACGGUGGUCAAAGAGAAGCCGGCCACCGCCACCAAAACGCCUAGCAAGAGCAAGAAAAACAAAGACAAGGAAUAUUAUGUCUGAGCCCCUGCCCCGGUCCCCCCAAUCCCUGCGUGCGCCAGAGAGACCGACACCCGACAGACACAUACAGUGAGACCACCCAGACCUACACCCCCCCCAAACUUUCUGGAGAGGAGACCACCCAAAGGCAUCCUUCCCCGCCCUCGUCAGAGAGGAGACCACUGAUGGGGCGCCCUGAAAGGGCGGCCUCUGUUCCUUCUUGGGUUUGCUCAUCCCUGUUUUACUUUAAGUCCGCCCCUUGUUAAAAAUAAAAAUAAAAGGGGGGAAAGGCAGCAGAAGCCCACAGGGCCUACCUCCCCCCUUCUUCCACGCUGACCUCCCAGUCUUGGUGGGUGGGUGGGUGGGUGGGUGCUGUUCUCCCUUAAGCAAACCGAGUUGGAGGCGAUUGCCUAGAGCCACCGUCCGUGGUCGGGUGUUGUUUUUUGCGUAUCAGCCCGAGGAGAAGGAGGGAUGCUCAGAAAGGAGGAUUAAACGGCAGGGUCAGGGUCAGGGGGCAGCUUUUCAGGUUUCCCAGGGGAGGUUGAAGCUGGGAUGUUGCUUCUGUACGCAUGAGAGGCCCGGGCCUCUCUUUCCGAGGGGCCCCGGCACUUCCUGAUGUGGAAAGAAAACUGGGGGGCCGACUCAUCCCAGCACCCUACUCCGAAACAGAGAUUGUUAGCUGGACCCUGAAAGGCAAAGCUCAUAACUGUCUGCAAAUCCCUACCUGGACCUGGGGGCUAGGAGAGAGGGGCACCAGCCUCAAACAAACACCCCCACUGUCUCUCCGAAUUCGCUUAAGCAAAGGGGUCUGUCCUUUCGAUUGGGUUUUUUUCUUCUUCUUCUUCUUCUUCUCUCUAUCUUUCUCUUCGUUAAUGUGUCGGAGUCUUGGAAAUAUGUGGAAUAAAACAAACAAGGUUUUUUU